CAUGGAUGACUUUGUGUCUGAUUACAUUCAACACGGCAUAGAGGUGAUGGAAACAGGGAACCCUCAGCUUCAUCGAGGAUUUAUCAUUGAAGAACAAAGUCUCAGUGCUUCCAAGGAUCUGCAACUUCCAAGGCUGACAGAUAAUGAUUCCCUGGUGUUUGCUGCAGAGGUCCUGCAAAACCUCUUGGGUAAAUUUCAAAAUGAAGACAUGAAAGUGAGACACAACUUUAUUAAGGCUCUGUUUCAGGUGCUCCACACCGACCUAAGCAAAGACCCAAACACUGAGAAUAAAAUCAUUACCAUCUCAGAAAAGACUGCUGGUAAGGGACUGCCUUCUAAUGAGGCCUUCAUUCUGACCUUCCUUGAGAAUCUCCUGAGAGUGUUGACUAGACAAACAGAAGCAGAGAAAAACAUGGCAUCUCCUGCAGAGAAAUGGUGUUUGGAGAUUUUGUUUGCCUAUGCAGAGCAAUUCCAAGCCUCAAAAGAACCAACCAAAGAAAUCUUUCACAUGGUUUCAAAUCUUGAGGCACAAAGACUUUGGUCACCAGUAGAGGCCCUUAACCUUCUUGGAGCAUUAAUCGACCACCAUCAUGAUGAAGACUGUGUUGCUGCCAUGAAAAUUUUACAUUUGAUGGCAACAUAUCAGGUUUCCUCCAAGUGGACAGAUGAGAACAACCAGUCUCUCCAGAAGCUCCUGGAUUCUUGUGAAACGGAGAAUCUGAUCCAGCAUUUCGAAAAGAGCCUUCAAGAUGAGUCGGUAAAAAGCACUGAAACUCUCUUUGAAGAAAUACGGCAGACGAAAGACAUUGAUGAGCAAACACUGAGUAAAUCCUACAGUGCAGUGACUCAUGUAACAAAUCUCAUCAAAACUGGUGAAAUUGCAAACUACACAGAUGUACAGCGAGCUCGAGAUCUCAGUCACAGCCUGGACACAGAGAACCUUCAGGAGCUCCUGGCAGUCUUAUGCAAUGCUGUACACCUGAAGAUGGCUGAAGGGAAAUGGUUUCCCAGAACCACUCAGAUGAUAAGCUGGUGCCUCUUGGCCUUGUCUGAAACUGGGAAGCUCCUAGAGAUGGGCACUGGAGAAGGCAAGUCUUGCGUCAUAGCAAUGUUUGCAGUUCUGCGUGUGCUCAGGGGUGAAAAAGUAGAUGUGGUGUCCAGUUCUUCUGUGUUAUGUCAGAGGGAUGCAGAAGAAUGGGCUGAAUUCUACAAGUACUUUGGCAUUACAGUUGACACAAACACAAAUAAAACCGAUGAUAAAGAUCGAAAAGAAUGCUAUCAGAAAGACGUGGUCUUCGGAACAAUUGAAGCCUUCGCUGCAGAUUACCUUCGCCAGAUCUUUGAGAUGAAAGAUGUGAGGCCUGAUCGAAACUUUCAGUGCAUCAUUAUUGAUGAAGUAGACUCGCUGCUACUGGAUCAGGGAGUGCAGCUAACCUACCUGUCCAGCCCCAUGGUCUCUAUGCAGCAUCUGAACAUUAUUCUGGCCAUGAUCUGGGGCCAUGUCAGCCAGUAUGGCUUCAUUUCUGCUGGACAUCAGACAUUUGUACAGGGUCCUCCUGCGUCAUUCUACAGGGCCAUCUUUGACUCAAUAGACACAGAAGAAACUGAAAUUAAAAAUCCAAAGGGCAUUUUGGAAAUUGCUGAAGAAUCCAACACGGUGCCAAAAGGAUUCACAGAGGAGAUCUUCAACAGUGAAAAGGAUCAAAUUCUUCAAAAGCUGAAAACAGUGAGUCAGGAUGCAAUGGUCGAUUUUUUCAGCAAAAUUGAGGACUACGUCCCCUACGGUUUUAGUGUGUACACGUUGGAUGACAAGGGAUUGCUCUGUCUCAGAAAGUGCAGCCCAUACAACAACAAGGACAUUCCAGACCUUAAAUUUCUUGUCUUGGAGGAAGGCUUGUGUUGUCCUCUCUAUGAGUCAGAAGAAAUUCUCAUCAAGCCCAUUGCAGAGCAAAUCUCAGGGAAGCUUCAGUACACCCCAUGCACAAAUGAUAAAGACAAAAUCAGCAUUCCAGGAUUCUUGAAGAGUCUGAUAGACAGGAAAGUGUCCGUGUGGGUUGAGAAUGCCUUUCUGGCGAAGCAACUGAGACAAGGACGAGAAUAUGUCGUAGAAAACGACAAUGUCUGUCCUGUGGAUUUCAAAUCCACAGGUAUUAUAGAGCUGAAUAAGAAAUGGGGCGAUGGUUUGCAGCAGUUUAUUGAGAUUAAACAUCAAAUCAAACUGAGCACAGUUUCAACAGUGACAAACUACAUUUCGAACAUCUCCUUUUUUGAAAAGUACCAAGGGAAGAUAUAUGGAACAACUGGGACUCUUGGGAGCAACACAGACAUCCUGUUUUUGCAGGAACUAUAUCCAAAUCUCUCUGCCUGCAGAAUGCCAACAUUCAACAGGAAGAAGCUGUUUGAGGUCACAGGUACUCUGAAGACAUCAGCUGAAGAGUGGAAGUCUGAAAUAAAACGUGUGGUUUUGGCUGAGAUAUCCUCAAAUUCAUACAGAGGUGGAAGAGCAGCCCUGGUGAUCUGUGAAACUAUCAACAAAGCCAAAGACAUCCACGAAGAGCUGAAAAGCAGCAUCCCAGGUGAGAUCAUUCUCUACUGCCGAAGUGACAAAGACAGUUUGAGCAAAAUACAAAAGAAACUGGGUCCUGGUGAUGUCAUUGUUGCCACAAAUCUUGCUGGGCGUGGCACAGACAUAAAAGUGUCUAAAGAAGUAAACAGUAAUGGAGGACUAUUUGUGGUCCUCUCCUUCCUUUCUGACAGCACAAGGGUGGAACUCCAGGGUUUUGGUCGAAGUGCUCGUAAAGGUAAACCUGGAUCUGCUCAGAUCAUCAUGUCCACUGAACACCUACAGCAGUCCUUCUCAGCAGUGUCAUCUCUGGAGGAAGCUAAGAGCACAAGAGACAGACGCGCAGCAGAAAUGACAAAUCACAUGAUGAGCGAUGUCUCUGAGAUGAAACUGCGGGAGGACCUGUUUUCAGAGUACUGCAAGACACUUCGAGAUAUUCAUGAGAAAGCAGAUGGAGAUGACAGAAGAGCUGUUGUUGCCAUUGUGAACGAGUUCUGGGGGAUAUGGUUGCAAACUAAAUCAGAAGACAUUGAACAGUUGAAGAGAGAUGAAUUGCAGACCAGCUUGAAAGCUGAUUUGUCAUUGGCAAGAAGUCAGUCUCAGAGUCAGACUUCACCAUGUUCCAGCAUUUAUCACUACAUCAAGUUUGGAAAUAUCGCUAUGAGUGAAAAACGAUGGGACGUCAGUGCCAAGCUCUUUGAAAAAGCCAUGAAACAAGAUGCAAGCUGGGCAGCCAUAGCCUUUUACAGUCAUGCGUACUGCACUGUCAAGCUGAGGAGUGAAGAUUACCUCACUAAGGCCAAAGAUGAUCUAAUAAAGGCUCAGGAGUCUCUCACAUAUCUCAGUGAGGAAUCCAUAGUGUGUCUGCAGUUUGUAAAAAUGUCCUCUGCUGACUCAGACAACAGUAACCCAACUAGUCUUGAAAAACAACUCACAACCAAGGGCAGCAUGUUGCGGUACUUGGACGAAAACAUCAGUAAAGCCAUCCAAGAGUUGGAUAAAAUCAAAGAAAGAGACAGAGAUGCAUUGGUCAAAAAGUCACCAAUUUUCACACUGGUGCAGAGUGCUGAUGAAGAUUAUGAAGAUCUCCAAGUGGAAGCCUACAACCUCUACAGUCAAGGUCUAAUAUAUGUAUUUUCUGUGGAGGAGGAGCCUCGUUUCUCAUGGGAAGGUCUGGUGGUGUUCUUUCUUGGAAUUUUACAGAUCAUUGCGGGAGCAUUGCUCGCUGUAUUCACAUUUGGCGCAUUAGCUCAAGUCGGCAUGGGACUUAUCACUGAAGGAAUAUCAGACUGCAUCUCUGGUAUUGAGGCCAUGGUGACUGGAGAGUUCAGCUGGAAAUCAUGGGCUAUCAACAAAGCCAUAUCCAUUGGUAUAUCUCUCAUUGGGUUUGGAGUUGGAAAGCUGAUUGCAAAGGGCUUCAAGGUUUGCAAAAUGUUAAUUAAAGGAUUAGGGAAAAAGCUGAAGGCAUUGCCAAAGAUUUUCUCCGGACAUGCUAAAGACGGUUUAAGUACUGUCGCAAAGACAAAUUUGAAGAAUGCACUCAAAGAAACUACUAAAAAAAUGGCAAUGGAAAUCAUGACUAAUGUAUUAGAAAAGGCAGAGGAGGAAAUACUGAAAGCGAUAAUAGAAAGCCUCAAAAAGGAUGUAAAAAAUGGAAUUGUUGAUGAAGUGAAAUCCAACAUGGAAAAAGAGCCUUUAACUACAUUAGUAGACUCCAUUAUCCUCUCACACAUUACAGAUAAACAGCAACUUCAUGAUCUCUUAAAGGACAAGAACAGUAAAAGUAAACUGCUGUCAAUUUUCACAGAAAUAAGCACCACUCAGAAACAGAAACUCACUGCAGAUCUCGAAUGGCAGAACAAGCUUAACUCAGCCUUUUCCAAAGUGAUCAACAAAGCCAAAACAGAAGCCAAAGGAAAAGUUCGAGGAAUUCUGACAGCCAUCCAAGCUAUCCACAUGACGGUAUUGGCAGUAGACGCCAUCCAAGCAACGGCCACCCUGUCCAGCAAGUUUUUCUCAAACCUUUACGAUCAUCUGAAUAUAUUUAAAAAAACAAAGGCUUCUCCAGAGAAAGUGAAGGUAAAUGAGCUGUCUGCCUCAGACAUUGAAAUGCUGAAAGAAUUCAAGCAGGAUGUUGCUGACAUUAUCAGUGUUUUAUUGGCUGAUGCUGUCGUAGAAGUGUUCCACCAGAAGUUCUCCAGUCACAUUGUUUCUCGUGUCCAUGACAAGGUAAAUGGCAUCAUUGUCGAAAAGGUAACAAAAGGUGUGAAGCGUGUCAGAACAAAGGUACAACUCAGAGCUGAACAAAAUAAAAGAUACAUCUCAUACAUGCCAGGAAACCUGAAUUCUAUAGAGCAUAAACUUACAGGAAAGACAGGAAUGAAACCACAGGCCAGUGAAGAAGAGAUCACUUUGCAAGCAAACCGCCUCCGAUUGGUGGAGGCUGACACUCUCCCCAGACACCCAGCCCAAUGGGAUUCUUUUGUCAAGCACAAAGAGUGGACCGAAGAAAUCAGAGGAGGGGACUGGUACUUGGCAGAGGGAGCUGCACCAUUAAAGAAAACUAUAAAAGAAACCAAAAAGGUACUUCAGAAAGAGAUUGGACAAGUACAAAGGUACAAAAAAUGGCAAGAAUAUGCCAGACAAUAUCCAGGAAUGGGACGGUUCAUCAAUGUAGAUCACCAGCCAACAGUCAACAGUAUACUGCAAGAUAAACAAUUGACCCAGAAUAGCAAAUUAGCAGUAGCCAUGCUCGAAGUUGCAACAAACUCAUCUCGAUGGAAUCCCAGUUUGAUUCCUGAUGUGCACAGAUAUCACGGCCGUGAACUUCCAACUGCUACUGUGACUCGAAAAACACAUUAUGAGUUUCCCAGUACAAAAUCAAAAGUCUUCAGACAGUGUGUAGCUGAAACCAUAAGAGACAACGAUGUUGUGGGCACCUUCAAGUUGACGAUCGUCGGUUCAAUGCCGAGAUUCAGGCUGAAUAACACCAAGAACUUUAACAACUUUCAAAACACCAAGAAGAGUCCAACCAGGCUUGCCAUUCUUGAGAGCAGUUUUCAGCAACACAAUAUAAAUCUGGUACAAGAAUGGUUCAACAAGCUUACAGGCAAGAAUGUCAUGUCAGAUAAGGAUCUUACCACCAUUACUACAUGGAUCAUGAACAAGGGCUACAAUGACAUCAAUGAUCCAUACAGAGAGCAAGUGUCCAACCUUCUGUCAUGAAAAGGGACCCUCGGAUCCUGUCCAGGACGCUCUGUCAUGUGACCUUUUCCAAGCCAACAAGGACAGAUACCAAGAUGCUCAACUAUGCCAACAUGCUUACAGACUGAGAGUCAAAGAGAGAUGGAGGCAUUAAAUAGACAGAGACAACUUGACAACAUCUAAGUGGCUUAACUUGAAACCUUCCAGUGCUAUGUCUAUGUGGGCCACAUGAGCUGAUGGUUGAGCUCUUCCAUUGGCUCACCACUUCUUUAUUUUGCUUUUUAUAUUUUGCACUUUUUGGUUUGAGGUUAACCUGGUUGGGGCUAGACUGUACAUUGUUUGGCAUUAAGGAGUGCGAGGGACUGGGGUUUACUGUUCAUAAAGCAUUUAUUUCCAAGAUG